GCGCCAUCGCCUUUGGCGGAAUAGCAAACAAAAACCCCAUCCUGCUGCCCGUUCGGGUUUUCUUGCGCAAGGGUUCUCUUCUCCUCUCGCAGGUAGCCCGGUCUCCUCCCCUCGGCAGCAGUUCUUUCUCGUCGAUCGCUCCACUCACAGAGUCGAUCAUUGAGCGAUGGGAGACUCUCAAUACUCCUUCUCGCUAACCACCUUCAGCCCUUCGGGGAAGCUGGUGCAGAUCGAGCACGCUCUGACGGCCGUCGGAUCCGGCCAAACAUCUCUUGGAAUCAAGGCUGCCAAUGGAGUUGUUAUUGCAACUGAGAAGAAAUUGCCUUCCAUCUUGGUGGAUGAGACAUCUGUGCAAAAGAUUCAGCUGAUGACAACGAACAUUGGUGUUGUUUACAGUGGAAUGGGCCCAGAUUCCCGUGUUCUUGUGAGAAAAAGCAGAAAGCAAGCACAACAGUAUUACCGACUCUAUAAGGAGCCUAUACCAGUUACCCAACUUGUUAGGGAAACUGCAGCUGUUAUGCAGGAGUUCACUCAAUCUGGUGGUGUAAGGCCAUUUGGAGUUUCGUUGCUUGUUGCUGGAUAUGAUGACAAUGGUCCACAGCUGUAUCAGGUUGACCCAUCAGGUUCUUACUUUGCUUGGAAAGCAUCUGCGAUGGGGAAAAACGUUUCCAAUGCAAAGACAUUUCUUGAAAAGAGGUAUACUGAUGAUAUGGAGCUUGAUGAUGCUGUCCAUACUGCCAUUUUGACUCUUAAAGAAGGGUUUGAAGGUCAAAUUUCAGGAAAGAACAUUGAAAUUGGAAUUAUUGGUGCUGACCGUAAAUUCAGAGUACUUACUCCAGCUGAGAUUGAUGAUUACCUGGCGGAAGUGGAGUGAUUUUGUCAAAUCCUGUAUCCAGCUGAGGAUAUUGAAUUGUUUUGAUGUGUACAAUUUUUUUAAACAUUCAAGUUUGUGACUUCGGGUUUCAUCCAUUGCGCUCCAAAUUUCUCUAAGUUGUAAUGGUUUCGUUACUUGAUACUGCACAACUGAAGUUAUAACCUGCAGAAGGACUUGCCUAAAAUAUCUUACCAUGCUGGGUA